CCCUCAGAGUCUCUCUCUCUCUCUCUCUCUCUCUCUCUGCUACAGUUGUAAUCUUUCCCACCGUGAAGGAGAGAUGACGAUGUCUCGCAGCCAUGACUCCCGAAAAUGACUCGUGCGCGCUGCUGAACGGCAGUGCCGGGUGUCCCGCGAGCGGCGCGCGCCACCCGCCCGUGCAGCUGUCCCGCGCGCUGCCGCUGGGCUUGGUCCUGGGAGCGCUGAUCGUCUUCGCGGCGCUCGGCAACGCGCUGGUGGUGGCCUCGGUGCUGCGGGACCGGCGGCUGCGCGCGCCGACGCACUGGCUGAUCGCGAACCUGGCGGCGGCGGACCUGCUGCUGAGCGCCGCCGUGCUGCCGGUGUCGGCGGCGCACGAGGUCCUGCAGCGCUGGGCGUUCGGCAGCGUCUUCUGCGACGUGUGGGCCGCGCUGGACGUGCUGUGCUGCACGGCGUCCAUCCUCAGCCUGUGCGUCAUCUCGGUGGACCGGUACGUCGGCGUCAGCCGGCCGCUCGCCUACUCCCGGAUCGUGACGCGCCGCCGCGCCGCGCUCGCCGCGCUCUCGGUCUGGCUCGCCUCCGUGCUCAUCUCCGUCGGCCCGCUGCUCGGGUGGAAGCAGGCGCGCUCGCCGGACGCCGCCGCCUGCGACAUCACCGAGGAGCCGUACUACGCGCUCUUCUCCUCGCUCGCGUCCUUCUACAUCCCGCUCGCCGUCAUCCUCGCCAUGUACUGCCGCGUCUACAUCGUGGCCAAGCGCACCAGCCUGAGUUUGCAGCUGGGCGUCCGGAAGGAGAGGAUCAACUCCACGGAGGUCACGCUGAGGAUCCACCAGGGCUCGCGAACGCGCGAGGAGCCCGGGCAUCACCCGCGCAGCGCGCACUCGAUCACCGCGCUCAAGUUCUCGCGGGAGAAAAAAGCGGCCAAAACGGUGGGAGUGCUGGUCGGAGCCUUCACCGCCUGCUGGCUGCCCUUCUUCAUCACCUUACCCAUCGUUUCCUUCAACACUCAUCUGCGUCCCCCAGAAAGCGUCUUCAAGUUCGUCUUCUGGCUCGGUUACUUCAACAGCUGCGUGAACCCCGUCAUCUACCCGUGUUACAGCCGGGAGUUCCGCCGGGCGUUCGCUCGGAUCCUGCGGUGCCGGAGGCGUCGGUCACUGUGGAGGACGUUUCCCCCUCACAGCGCCUCCUCCUGCCAGACCAGGAAGGACUCCAGAGACUCCAUGGAGAACUACAGCAGCUUUGAGUACGGCAGCCAGAGGAUGCUGUCCUUCUCCAGCCCGUGUCUCAGUCCCGGCUUUCACAGCAAGAGUCAGUUUACAUUCUCGGAGCAUGGACACUUUCAUGCACGGAGCAGAAACAACUCAGUUUUGGUGGAGAAUUUUACAGAUCGGCCUCUGGAGCCCGUCAGAGAGGACACGGCGCUCGACAACGGACAAUUAAAUCCGAUAAAUGCAGAGACGUUCUCUGAGAGUGACGCAAAAGACAAUCAAUCAAUCGGAGGAGAACAUCAUUGUUCUUAAAUGUAGCAACUAAUAAACUGAUCAUUUCCUGUUUACUUAUUAUUGCUUUAAAUAUACAUCAAUGAAAUGUCCAAAUUUACCUCGAAUGUAACUACGUACAGUAGAUUGUGUUUCUUUAAGACAUUUUCUGUUUCUUUAUAAAUUCUACCAGCAUCGUCAUUCCUUCGCACUUGUUAACUGUUGGUCACAGUAUAAAUGCCCUCUUUCCCAAACUGAACUUUAAUUUCUCCAAGAUUUGCAAAUAGUUCUCAAAUUUCCCUCCUACAGAUGUUCAUAUGUUUGUUUGUUUUUUCCAGCAUUUAAUUUGCUGUGCCACGCCCACAAAACUCCAUAAAAGGCAAAAGAUACAAAAUGGCGACAAAACAAAGGGAUCAAAGGGUUAAAGUCUCAAUCAAUUGUAUUUUAGUCUUGCAGGUCAUUAAUACAGAGGGAAAAUACAAGUUUCACAAAGUAGAACAAGUUUAUUUAAUUGGGUUGUAAAUGAAAUAAUCAAAAGCUUAUUAAAAUUCAAUUUGUAUAAUGUGAUUAAUUGUAAAUAAAAUCUCUCAGAAUUUUACACAAAUACAGGAUGAAAGUGUAGGAUGCAAAAAAAUAAAUUCCAACUCAAAUGAAUUUUUAUUAAUUUUUAAAUAAACACUCCAAAAAAGGUCUUUGCAAAUGAAUUAAUAAAAUGAAGCCUUUUUGAAAUUUGAACGUUGGUUUUUUAUUUAUCUUCGCUUGCUUUACUCCUGCACUGAUUUUCAGAAGCUCUUUCAAACUCUGAGCUUCAUUAAACACAAUCUACAAGGACCACGACUGUAAAAUAUUACUCAUCUGACUCAACCACCAAAUAAUCAUUACAUUCGUUCACAGGUGAAGCUGAUGAUCUUUUCUAGCCAAAGCUUUGGAAGAAAGUUCAAUAGGAAUUUUUCUAAAAUUGCAAAAAUGUUGAAUGUCCAGGAUGGAGAAUUCUGACGGAUUGUCUGGAAUAAAUAAUGACGAGCGAUGUUCAUGUGUUUGUCUGGUACUUAAUUAAUUAAUAAAGAUUUCAAUAAAUGUGAA